AUGUCGCGUGGGGAAGCUGGAGGGGUCUUGCGGAGCUGCUUGUCCGUCGAGGAGGAUCUGCAAGAUGUCAGGGUACCACAGGCAAGUAUCCGGACAGCGGCCGCACAGGUCUGUUCGGCUCUGAAUGCGCAAAGUUUGCAAAAAUGGUCCGACGAGCUGCUUCAUCCUCGACCUGACCUUCAUGCGGAAGACUUCAUCGCCUCCUGGAUCUUCCUCGUCUCCGUGCUCAACUUCUCUUUCUGGUCUGAGCGCCAAGAGGGUCGAUAUGCCGUGCAGUGGCGUUCCGGCUGCGACGGCAAGGGCGACGAGACCAAGCUGCAUACUGGCUAUUGGUCCUUACUAGCUUGUCUCCAUCGAGCCAGGGAGGAGCAAGGAGACAUCAUUGUAUGGCCCAAAUGGUAUGCAAACGCUAGCGAUGCUCAGCUCGCGCAUCUCUUUCGCAGCGACUCGCCCGAAGAGAUCCCGCUGCUUGACGAGCGCAUGAAAGUGAUGCGAGAGGCUGGUCAGGUGCUGCUCGAGUCAUACAAAGGCACGUUUGUCAAUAUGAUCCAAGAGGCACAGUGCUCUGCGACGCGACUCGUACAGCUGCUCACUAGUCAGAUAGCAAGCUUUGACGAUCGUGCAGAGCUGAACGGCAAGCAAGUGUUGCUUCACAAGCGUGCGCAGAUCUGCGUGGCAGAAACAUGGGCUGCGUUCGGAGGCAAGGGGCUCGGACGGUUCGAUGACAUAGACGAGAUCACCUGCUUUGCCGAUUACCGAGUUCCGCAGAUGUUGCACCAGCUCGGCGCGUUGGUUUACUCGGACGAGCUCAUCACCAAGCUCGAAAAUUUGGCUAACAUGCCGAACAAGAGUCGGGAGGAAGCCGAGAUCCGAGUCGGCACGAUACUAUCGGUCGAAGCACUACGAGCAGAAGUAGCAAAGCGGCUGGUGGACGAGCAACGCAAACCGCCUAAUGCCAUCGAACUCGACUUUUACAUCUGGACACUCGCAAAAUCAAGGGAGAGUGCAGGAACGUUGACGACGCUGCCACACCAUCGCACCCGGUCUUGCUACUACUGA